AUGGCGGGCAUUGACCUCAACACCAUGGAGGAGGAGGAUGAGGCGGAGGCAGAGGUGCCGCCUAUGGCCGCCAGGGCCGGUGGCGCCGUGUGCUUGGAGUUGUGGCACGCGUGCGCGGGACCCAUCACGCCAUUGCCGCGCAAGGGUAGCGCCGUCUUGUACCUGCCGCGGGGCCACCUCGAGCACAUCGGCAGUGACGUGGAGAGGCGGGCGUGGGCUUGGGUUUGGGAGGAUGAGGACACGGGUCGUGACGAUGAGGACGGGGCUGCCAUGAAGCCGCUCGCACGGAUGCCGCACAUGUUCUGCAAGACGCUCACGGCCUCCGACACCAGCACCCACGGCGGCUUCUGCGUGCCGCGCCGCACGCGCCGCCGAGGACUGCUUCCCACCACUGGUAUGGCCAGUAGCCCUGAAAGAGGUCCCCCUUCUCAUGGUGGUUUCGAGGUUGCUUGGUACUGA